AUGUACGAUGAGGAUUUUGGUAAGUUUUACUAUUACGUUACUUAUCUCCCCCCCCCCUUUCUCCUCUGUUUUUUGAACUUCUUUAUCAUCUUAUCUCCCUACCCGGCUGGGCUGGGCUGGGCUAGGCUGAGCUAGGCUGAGCUAGGCUGGGCUGAGCUAAACUAGGUUGGGCUGGGCUGGGCUGGGCUGGGCUGGGCUGGGCUGGGGUGGCUGGGCUAGGCUAGGCUAGGCUAGGCUAGGCUAGGCUAGGCUAGGCUAGGUUGGGCUAGGCUAGGCUAGGCUAGGCUAGGCUAGGCUAGGCUAGGCUAGGUUGGGCUGAGCUGGGCUGGGCUGGGCUAAGCUUGGUUGGGCUAGGCUAGGAUAGAUUGGACUCGUAGAAUACAUAGUCUAACUUUAGGUGAACUUGAUGACCUUAUGGAUACAAAGUACAGUAAUGUAAACGGUACCUUCAAAGUCAGUGGAUCAGAAACCGAAUUCACUCCAAUCGAUGUUAAAAUCAAUAUUUAUCACAACUGUAACGAUGAGGACAAAGUAAGUAUUACUGUAGUUGAAAUUUCUUUUUUCUUGAAGUCUAUAGUACGGUAGGGUUAGUUAGAGAAGGUUACGGUAGAGUCGAGUGGGAUAGGAUAAGGUAAAGUAAGGAAGAUUAGAGUAGAGCAAGAUAGAAUAAAGUAUGGCAUGGUAGCGUAGCGUAUAGUAAGGCAAGGUAAGUAGAAUAGGAUAGGAUAAAGUAUGGUAGGGAAGGGAGGAAUUAGAUAAGGUAAAGUGGAAAAGAGUAGGGUGGGAUAAGGUAGAGUAAAGUUGGGUAGAGUAGGUUAAAGUAAGGAAGGACAAGGUAAAGUACACCAGUUUACGGUAGGAUAUAUAAGGUAUUGUAGGGUAGGGUAGGGUAGGGUAGGGUAGGGUAGGGUAGGGUAGAGUAGGGUAGGGUAGGGUAGGGUAGGGUAGGGUAGGGUAGGGUAGGGUAGGGUAGGGUAGGGUAGGGUAGGGUAGGGUAGGGUAGGGGUAGGGUAGGGUAGGGUAGGGUAGGGUAGGGUAGGGUAGGGUAGGGUAGGGUAGGGUAGGGUAGGGUAGGGUAGGGUAGGGUAGGGUAGGGUAGGGUAGGGUCGAGUAGGGUAGCGGUUCAAAAAAGUUAUUUUAAUAGGACCAAAGGUGACUCUAAUAAGCAUUGCGUGUAAGUGUAACAGUAUUAUAUUGCACUUAUAUUUAAAGUAAUUUAAAACUUAAUUACUCAAGGCCAAAAAAGCUAGGUUUUAUUUUUUAUGGCCAAGUUGGUACACUUUUUUUAAUUUAUUAAUAAGCGUGGGUGACCGGACACAGUUCGACGUGACAUUAUAGAGUAUAUUUUGUUGUAAAAACUUAUUUUGCGUUGUGUAAAGAAAGUUCUUGUUAUUUUUUGAUUUGUAAAGAAAGUUCUUGCUAUUUUUUGUCUUGUAAAGAAAGUUCUUGCUAUUUUUUGUUUUGUAAAGAAAGUUCUUGCCAUUUUUUGUUUUGUAAAGAAAGUUCUUGCCAUUUUUCAUAUAAAGAAUUUUAGGAAUGCCUUCGAAAAUUCACAGUAAAAAUCCCAGACAACUUUAUUACCGUGGGCAAGAUACCAAAAAAGACGUUUGACAUCGGGAUCAUCAACUUGAAUGGCAAGUUUGCUGGUGAAACGAGAGAUUGCUUAAACUGA